AUGAAUCCUUAUAAAGAGAAUGCAAAAUUAUCUUUGGAUUAAUUGAUAGAAAAAAGAUGUGGGACAGGGAGAUAUUAAGUUUUAGCAUUGUCAAUUUUAGUAUUUAUUGAUUUGAAUGAUGGAUGCGAGUUAAUUUUAAUGAGUUUUUUAAUGCCUAUUCUAAAAUCUGAGUGGCAACUAACAAGUUUGUAAAUCUAAGUCUUAACCAGCAUUUUUUAUUUGGGAAUGGUAUUAGGUUCAAUAUUGACUGGAUUUGUAGCAGAUCGAAAAGGUAGAUUGAAAUGUAUUUACUUAUCGUGCAUCAUAUAAUUUUUUAUGGCAAACACCUUUUUGCUUUGUACAAAUUUUUAUCAUAUGAUUUUUGCAAGGUUCGGAUAUGGUUUUGUUUAUGGAUUUUCAAUUCCUUUGACAACGACAAUGAUAUCAGAAAUUACUGCACCUGAUGUAAGGGGACGAUUUUUAAUCAUUAUCAAUUUCUUUGUAUCCGUUGGCAAAAUUUAUGCAUUUUUAUUGGCAUUUUUCUGUCUUGAAAAUUUCAAUUAAGGACAUUGGAGAUUAAUGAUGAGUCUAAGUUCAACAACUUCCUUGAUUGUAGGAAUUUUGGCAUGGAUCUAUUUAAUGGAGAGUCCUAGAUACUUAAUGGGUAGUGGUUAGGUAGUGGAAGGUUUAAAUAUUAUCGAAGAAAUCAUCCAUAAAAAUGAAAAUAAUACAGGGAUUAUAGGCAAACUAUUUAAAACUGUGUAACCAGAGGUAUCUUCAGAUCCAUUUAAAGGAUCAAAAUAUGGAUAUAUUUCAGCUAAAGAGAGAAUAGCAAUAGAAAAAUGGGUAACUAAAGUGUUUCGUUCUGAAAAAAGAGGAACACUUAGAGAAUUGUUUAGCAAGAAUAAUAAAAGCACAACCAUAAGAUUAUGGAUAGUAUGGUUUUGUAUUAAUUUUAUGUAUUUUGGAUAGUUACUUAUUCUUCCGUUCAUCUUAGGAUAGAAUAAGAAAACAUUUGUUGACUAUUUGAUAACUGUUUUAGGUGAAAUACCUUCAAUCAUCCUAUCAUUGUUAAUAGUUGAAAUUCCUUUUCUAGGGAGAAAGAACACAAUGACUAUCUCAUUUUUUUGUGCAACAAUAAUGCAUGUUUGGUCUUAUUAUGCUUCUUGGCCAUAUUUUUUUGCUCGUUUUUUUAUGAAAGAAUGUUGGGCUAUGCUUUAUCCUUACUCUACCGAAAUAUUCCACACUUCGAACAGAACUUUAGGAUUUGGUAGUAGUGCUGCUAUUGGAAGAAUCGGAGCUGCCAUUUCCCCUUAUAUUUUAAUACCAUUAUUCGAUUAAGAAGCACAUUUACCCUUUUUGGCCUUUGCUGUAAGUUCUGUCAUUUCUAUGUUAUCUACCAUCACAUUACCUUAUGAUACAGUUGGCAAAUCAUUAGAUUUUUAGAAUUCGGAAGGGGAAGUGGAGAGCAAUAAGGAGGAUGAAAUUAAAGAAAUUAUGAUGGUUUUAAUUGAAAAAAAAAAUUAGAACUGA